UGAAGGGGCGGGGCCUAGGAAGCGGGAAUUGGGAAAGGAGAAACCUGGGGGUCCGACUCAGCCGCUGCUGCGGGGCGGAGGAGUCACGCUGCGCGGCGGCAAGUUUGCAGCGGUUUCGCGGGGCUUCCUCUGCCGCCCCGGCCCUGCGCAGCACCGGGAAGAGCAGUAGCUCCGCCUGCAGAAAAUCCUUCAGAAGACAAAUUGGAGAUGAAAUGGAGGGGCAGAAAACCUGCUGAGCAGCAUCAUGAGGCCUGUGGCAUUUGGCUGGAUACUUCAGGACUCAAAAAACAAAAAGUACAGACCCGAAUAGCAAAGCUACCAUUAAGGGUACUGAAUCGACUCUCUCCUUAUUCUGCUUCCACAAAAGCUCCUCUUCCCUGCACUAAGCAAACCACCAUUUCUACUUUCUUCAGUGCUCAUCAAGGAGAUGAGAGGAAAACCAAGGCCAACAAAAGGCUGCUGGCUGUUGCGCCAGGCGGUGCCACCCACCAGCAGUGCCGUGAAUUGUCUCCAGGGGAGAGAAACAGAAUGGCAGCCUCACUGCCUCAGCUUGUCCAGGAGCACCACCAACAAGCAGAACAGAAAUCACAAGGCUUACACUUUCCCCCUCGUGCCUCUGCUCACGCCCAGAGUAACAGCAGAAGCAAGGAUACAGCUAUGCAAAGAGAGAAUACUAUUGAGGGAGAAGAUCCUUUCUCAAGUGUUACUCGGCCGCUAGAAGAAGAGGGGUGUUGUGAUCAUACGGCUCUUUUCAGUUCACCUUUGAGAGAGAGAAAUGGUGGUUGGAGGAGAGAGAGAAAGAGCACUGGGUGGUCUCACUGCAGCAGAAACCAGGAGGCCCGUCCAUGUGAAUCUGUUACAGCUUGGAGGAGAUGCAGACACCCGUCCUCUUCCAGUGAGCACUGCUUCGUGGAUUCCACUGAAGCGGAGAACAUAAAUCCUCAGUUGGAGGGGAACAUAAUGGAAGUGAAGUCUUUGAAGGGUUUUCAUCAAACUGUAGCUAGACCCUGUGAUUCCGAUUACAAUAAAGGGAACAGCCAGGGAGAGCUCACCAGCCCCUUGUUUACGCAGGACUCUGAGGGACACAGUGUCAUUUCUCACAACCAAGGCAAACUCCCUUUGCAAAAUAAACUGCUUCAGAACAAAGCCAACCCAGCAGUUUUGGUUGUUGCUGCACCCAACAAGGGUUGCAACUCUGCCCCCAAAGGGCCCCACUUAUCUACAGAGGCAAUCUUCUUUGGAGGAGCAGGCCUUAGUCAGUUGAGUUAUGAUUUGUUAUUCACUGAAGAUUCAGAAGGCAAUAGAGUUAUUAAACACCAUUCCAAUGAGUAAUACAAACACCCUCAAUUCCUAGUGAGAAAACUGCUGCAUAUCAGACUAGGAUUUGAGGCCUAAAGAUAUACUGUGUUUCUCUGUCCUCCUACAAUUUCACAGAGCAUGAUCAAACUGUUCUGCAUGUUUGUUUCCUUGACUUGUGGUUGUGAAAGGGAAGAUUUAGUAAGGAAUAUUGUAAUGAUUUUACAAGAUUAAAGUUCUUAGCAACACAA